UUAAGGUCCAUCUUGCCAUGUUAUAUAGUAGGUCCGUGUGGUGUACACAUUAGAGAGGAAAGAGAUCCAGAGAGGAAACCAACACAUCUGGAUUUAUUUUCUCAGAAAUCUGUCUUUAAAAGCCCACCAAAUGGAGCCAGAAAACCCAGUACCUACAUCUUCCAUCUCGCUGUUCAAUUUUACUAAUAAUAGCGAUUGCCCUGAUUCAGAAGCAUGGGAUUGGCUGUACACCAUGCAGCCAGUGUACAUGUUUGUUAUCUGUGUGUUAGGAAUAAUGGGAAAUGUGUUUGUCCUGUUGGUCUUUUGCCUACAUAAGAAAGCUUGCACAGUGGCAGAGAUAUACCUGGGAAACCUGGCAGCAGCAGACCUCCUCCUGAUGUUUUCCCUGCCAUUCUGGGCCCUCAAUGUGGCCAAUAGCUUCGAGUGGCAGUUUGGCUCCGUGAUGUGCCGGCUGGUCAACAUGUGCGCCAGUAUGAACAUGUACUGCAGCAUCUACUUCCUGGUACUGGUGAGCGCUGACCGCUAUGUGGCUCUGGUGCAUACAUUGUCCCAUGGCCACAUACGGCGACCCUGGUAUGCCAAGCUCAGCUGCUUAGCUGUGUGGAGUCUGGGAGUCCUCCUCAGCAUCCCAACCCUCAACUUCAGGACAGUGAAGCACAUGUCAGAGUACAGGGUCUCUGCCUGCAUUCUGAACUAUCCCAGUCGCGUAGUGGAGCUGGCCUGCGACAUUCUGCUCAUCGUGCUGGGCUUCAUCAUCCCUGUGUCUGUCAUCUCUUAUUGCACGUGGAAGAUCAUACGUGCACUGCAGGGGCAGGUGACGGACAGGUUCAAUGCAGUAAACACAGAAAAGAAGGCCACAGUGCUGGUGCUGGCUGUUCUUUUGGCCUUCUUGGUGUGCUGGGUUCCUUUCCACCUGAUAACUCUGCUAGAUAUCCUGUUACGACUCAAGGUACUCGGUGGAUGUGUGCUCCACAAUGUUCUGGACAUCUGUAACCAGAUAUUCACCUACUUGGCAUUAAGCAAUAGUGUGCUCAAUCCCAUUCUCUAUGUAAUAGUUGGGAAAAACUUCAGAAAAAAAGUGAAAGAAAUUUUUGAGCAAAUUUGCCACCAAAAGAAUAUAUUUAGUGGUUUUACACAAUCACAAACAUCAUCAACUCUAAAAACAUUUACAUGAUAAAAGAUUACACUGAGGACAUGCUAUAAAAGUUAUUAAACACAGGUAAUACAAGGCUUUGCUCAUAUAGUUGGUCAUGUUCUAUUAUGCUGAAUAAGAUUUUAUACAUGCUGUUAGGACAUAAAAUCCAUGACUGUCAGUGUUUACACAAUGUAAUAUAUUAAAAUAUACAUUCUCAGAAUUAUUAAUGUUCAGUAGCUAUUAUUAUUUUGUAAAUACAGAGGUUCAGAAAUAAAUAAUACUAUCCAAU